GUUUCACUUCAAAUCAGCCCUAACGAAUCUCCAGCCCAGCGUUCUGUGUGUUCCCUCCCCUCCCUAUCAAUUUCUAGUUCAGCAAUGGGCAGCAGCGCCGCCGUCGACAAGGGGGCUGAUUUCGCCAACUAUUUCUGCACCUAUGGAUUUAUCUACCACCAGAAGGAGAUGCUCUCCGACCGCGUUCGGAUGGACGCUUACUUCAAUGCCAUUUUUGAGAACAAGCAUCAUUUCCAAGGAAAGACUGUUCUAGAUGUAGGAACCGGAAGUGGCAUUCUAGCUAUAUGGUCUGCACAGGCAGGCGCAAGGAAAGUUUAUGCUGUUGAAGCUACCAAGAUGGCUGACCAUGCUCGCGAACUUGUUAAAGCAAACAGGGUUCAGGAUGUUGUUGAAGUGAUUGAGGGAUCGAUGGAAGAUAUUACUUUGCCAGAACAAGUGGAUGUAAUUAUUUCAGAAUGGAUGGGAUACUUUCUGCUUCGUGAAUCAAUGUUUGAUUCUGUAAUAUGUGCUCGGGAUCGCUGGCUGAAACCAAAUGGAGUAAUGUAUCCCAGCCAUGCCAGGAUGUGGAUGGCACCUGUCAGGUCUGGCUUGAUAGAUCAAAGAGUGAGUGAUUAUCAGGUAGCGAUGGAAGAAUGGCGCAGUUUUGUUGAUGAGACAAAAACUUAUUACCGCGUUGACAUGGGUGUUCUAACAAAACCAUUUAACGAUGAGCAAAGAAAAUACUAUUUGCAGACAUCGGCGUGGAGUAACCUUCACCCGAAGCAAAUUAUUGGGACACCGGCAAUAAUCAAGGAGAUAGAUUGCUUAACAGUAAAUGUAGAUGAUAUCCGCACUAUUUCGACGAGCAUUUCCUCGUCCAUCAGCGAAGAAAACCUGAGGUUCUGUGGCUUUGCUGGAUGGUUCGAUGUGCAUUUUCGAGGAAGCGAUCAAAAUCCAGUGCAAAAAGAAGUCGAGUUGACAACUGCUCCAAGUGAAGAUGCCGGGACACACUGGGGACAGCAGGUGUUCAUUCUUGAUCGGCCUGAGCGAGUUCAGGUUGCGGAUGAUUUGACGAUUCAGUUCUCCAUGAGUCGGUCGAAGGAGAAUCAUCGGCUGAUGGAGGUAGACAUCAAGUACGAGAUACGACGGCAGUCGGUUAGGACUUCUCAGAAAAAGUUCUACAUAGAGUGAUCGAGAAGGCAUCAACUAAGUAAGUCACCAAUGCAUCAACUAUGAUGUUUUAGAAAUGCUAGUUUCCUUUUUACUGAUACACACAUAUAUAUGUAUUUAUCUAUUUAUAAGUUAUAAAAAAAAAAUAUUGAAUUUUAA